GUUGUCAGACGCGAACUUGCAGAUGCCGAGGAGAUGGGAGCCCGGUCCUCCUGCCCAGGGCACCUUCCGUCAGUCUCAUCCCACCGAGCUCCGAAGCGCCCCUUCCCACGGAACCCUGCGGCUCAAGACGGGCUCGGAUCCGGGGCUUCUGUCUCCCGCGCGCGGAUCACUGAGCAGCGGGACGGGCACGAGCUCCGGCGUCCGUCAGAGCGCGCGGGCGCGGGCGCGAGGGCGAGCGGGAGCGGGAGCGGGAGCGCUGCUGCAGUCCCCCGGAGCCGGAGCCGCGACCUCCUUCAUGCGGCAAAGCGGGCAGGAGGAGCAUCCACAGCUGGAGGAGAGAACCCGGCGGGAUGUGUGCAGAUGUGGCCACGGGCGGGCGGGCGGGCGGGCGGGGUGGGGGUGGGAGCGGGGAGGAGGGGGGGUGGGGGGCUGGUGGGGGGAGCGAGAGAAGCGCAGGACGGGCGCGAUGCGAUGGGCUCUUUCUCGAAGAGAUCCGGAGCGCGCGCGGGCGACAGCCGGUCCGGAGCGCGCGGAGAAGAAGCGGUCCAGAGAUUCGGGAGUCCGUUCGGCGGAGAUGAUGAGCUGGAGCGACGGGAGGGAGAAGAAGGAGGAGAGAGAGAGAGAGAGAGAGAGAGAGGGAGAGAGAGAGAGAGGAGGAGGAGGAUGCGGCCACGGUCCGCUUUGCCGAGAUCCUCCUCGGGGAGCCGAGAUGCUCACGGAGGAGAGCAGAGGAGGAAAGGAGGAGGACCGGAGCAGCAGCACGGAGGAGGAGGAGCAGGAGGAGGAGGAGGAGGAGGAGGAAAAGGCUGACGAUGUGCCAGCGCGGAGAUCCUCCUCGAUCUUCUGCAGGUCCGACGCCACCAGGAAAGAAUGAGAAAAACAUGCACAGAUGCCCCGUUUCCUCUCAGACCAUCGCCAGAGACA